UAUUGGGUUACUAGACAUUUUAGCCCAUAGCCCCACAACUUUCAAUUGAUUUCCAAACAAAACAAUACAAAAGUCAAAUUUGUGUUUUAUUUUCAUUGUCGUAAAUUCCUCAAUCCGUGAUUCCAUAAUUAACGUCCGUAGAGACAUAUAUUCUGUGCGCCAAGAACUGCAGCAAAAUGAUUAAAAAUGUUGCCUUUCAGGGAAAAUUCAAGUACAAGAAGAAGAAGAUAACGGGCCCCUGCGCACCGGUACGCAUAAUACGCACACUCAACAUGGCCGGCAGCAUCGAGCAGCGCCCCUGGACGCCCACAGUGCGCACGGGCCGCAUUGCGGCAGAGACGACCAAUCCGGGUCCGGCUAUUGUCAAGCUGCCCACGUUGAUUGGCAGCAAAGUGCCGGACUCGAAGAAGAAGGGCGCACCCUCGUAUUCGUUUGGCCACAAACUGAUCAGCAGGGAUGAGACGACGGGUCCCGGACCGGCACAGUACAAUGUGGCCGGGAUGCGACCGAAGGGCAAGGAUCAUGCACGCGCAGCCACACUGCAAAGUCGUCCCAAGGAGUUGUCCUUCUUCGUGAAUCCCGGACCCGGUGAAUACGACGUGAUGCCCGCGUCCAAGGCUGUCAUCGAUGCCACGCCCAAAUAUACGUUCGGCAAGAAGCCAGCGAGCGCCAAGUACCAGCUGAUACCGGGUCCCAACCAUUAUCAGGUGGUGCCGCUUGAUGUCAUUAAGCCGCGUGCGCCUCGUUAUUCCUUUCGCAUUAAGGUUAACGUUUAUCUAGUUAACAAUCCAGCGCCAAAUAGCUAUUCUCCUGAAAAGUACACGCAAUCAAGAAAGAAUUCGCCACGUUUCACAUUUGGUAGACGAACUAAAAUCCAACACGAUCAGCAUACACCAGCUCCGGGCGCCUAUUCUCCCGAGAAGGUCAACCCCAGCAAGACACCGGAAUUUAGUUUUGGCAUCAAACAUCAUGAGUUGCGGCCUGACUAUACGCCAGCACCUGGCACUUACAAGCCCGAGCAAGUAGUUCUGGAGCACACGCCCGCUUAUAGUUUUGGCCUAAAGACGAAGCACGCACAGCACAAUGACUCGCCAGCACCUGGCACAUACAGUCCCGAAAAGUCCAAAUUGCACACGACACCCGCUUUUAGCAUUGCCGGCAAGUCCAAUCACGAUGUGGUUGAUGCCACGCCAGCGCCCGGCGCAUACGAGCCAGAGAAAUUCAUUUUAAACAAAACGCCUGCCUUCAGUUUUGGCCAUCGUGUGCAGGCAACCAAGUCGCAAGAUACACCUGCGCCCGGCACCUAUCAGCCGGAGAAGAUGCGCUUGGACAAUGGGCCCGCCUACACGCUAUCCGGCCGACAUGAACUGAAGUCCGUAAGCCUGACGCCGGCGCCCGGCUCGUAUGCCCCGGAGAAAUAUCGUAGCGAUCACACGCCAGCGUUUAGCUUCGCUGGUAAGCAUGAGCAUCGCAUUGAUACCUCCACCCCGGCACCAGGCGACUACAGUCCCGAAAAAGUACGGCACGAUCACAAUCCUGCUUACUCAUUUGCCGGACGCCACGACACACUGAAGACGAGCGACACUCCCGCACCAGGCGCCUAUGAGACCGAAAAGGUGCGACUAGACCACAAUCCCGCCUUCUCCUUUGCCGGCCGCCAUGAUCUUCAGAAGCCAAGCGAUACCCCAGCUCCCGGAGCGUACUCUCCUGAGAAAGUUCGCCAAGAUCACAAUCCUGCAUUCACCAUGGCCGGAAAGCACGAAGUGAAGAUCACAAAUGGCACACCAGCUCCUGGGGAUUACUCCCCUGAGAAGACCCGACUCGAUCAUACUCCCGCCUAUACCUUUGGUUGCAAGAAUGACCCCAAGGUGGAAAACAAUACCCCUGCUCCCGGUGAUUACCACCCAGAGAAAGUCAGACAAGAUCACAAUCCCGCUUUCUCUUUUGCUGGUCGUCAUGAUCUCCAGAAGCCAAGCGAUACCCCAGCUCCUGGAGCUUACUCCCCCGAAAAAGUCCGUCAGGAUCAUAAUCCCUCAUUCUCUAUGGCUGGAAAGCACAACCAGAAGGUCUCCAAUGACACACCAGCCCCUGGAGAUUACUCUCCUGAAAAGAGCCGGUUGGAUCACACACCUGCCUAUACUUUUGGUAGCAAGAAUGAUCCUAAGAUAGAGAGCCAUACGCCUGCUCCCGGUGACUAUCACCCUGAGAAGGUCAGACAAGACCAUAAUCCCGCUUUCUCCUUUGCUGGUCGUCACGAUCUCCAAAAGCCAUCCGAUACCCCAGCGCCUGGAGCUUACUCCCCUGAGAAUGUUCGCCAAGAUCACAAUCCCGCAUUCUCCAUGGCCGGAAAGCACGAAGUGAAGAUCACAAAUGGCACACCAGCCCCUGGAGACUAUUGUCCCGAAAAGGUUCGCUUGGACCAUACACCUUCUUAUACAUUUGGGGGAAAGCAUAACCCUAAAAUAGAGAGCAAUACGCCAGCGCCAGGUGACUACCACCCAGAGAAAGUCAGACAAGACCACAAUCCCGCCUUUUCUUUCGCUGGCCGCCAUGAUCUUCAGAAGCCAAGCGAUACCCCAGCUCCUGGAGCUUACUCCCCUGAGAAAGUGCGACAGGAUCAUAAUCCCGCAUUCUCGAUGGCUGGAAAGCACGAUCCAAAGAUUUUAAAUGGUACGCCAGCUCCUGGUGAUUACUCUCCCGAGAAGACCCGAUUGGAUCACACACCUUCCUUUUCCUUUGCUGGUCGUCACGAUCUUCAGAAGCCAAGCGAUACCCCAGCUCCUGGAGCUUACUCUCCUGAGAAAGUUCGCCAAGAUCACAAUCCUGCAUUCACCAUGGCUGGAAAGCACGAGGUGAAGAUCACAAAUGGCACGCCAGCUCCUGGGGAUUACUCUCCUGAGAAGACCCGACUCGAUCAUACUCCCGCCUAUACCUUUGGUUGCAAGAAUGAUCCCAAGGUGGAAAACCAUACGCCUGCUCCCGGUGACUAUCACCCUGAGAAGUUCAGACUAGACCAUAAUCCCGCCUUUUCAUUUGCUGGUCGUCACGAACUUCAUAAGCCAUCCGAUACCCCAGCUCCUGGAGAUUACUCCCCUGAAAAAGUCCGACAGGAUCAUAAUCCCGCAUUCUCUAUGGCUGGAAAGCACGAUCCAAAGAUAUCAAACGGUACCCCAGCUCCUGGGGAUUAUUCUCCUGAGAAGACCCGAUUGGAUCACACACCCUCCUUUUCCUUUGCUGGUCGUCACGAUCUUCAGAAGCCAAGCGACACCCCUGCUCCUGGAGCGUAUUCCCCUGAAAAAGUGCGACAGGAUCAUAAUCCGUCAUUUACAAUGGCUGGUAAGCAUGAGGUUAAGAUCACAAAUGGCACACCGGCUCCUGGUGAUUACUCCCCUGAGAAGUCCCGAUUGGAUCACAUACCUGCUUAUACCUUUGGGGGAAGGAAUGAUCCUAAAGUGGAGAAUAAUUCGCCCGCUCCUGGUGAUUAUCAUCCGGAGAAUGUCAGACUAGAUCACAUUCCCGCCUUUUCCUUUGCUGGGCGUCACGAUCUUCAUAAGCCAAGCGAUACUCCAGCUCCUGGAGCGUAUUCCCCUGAGAAAGUUCGCCAAGAUCACAAUCCCGCAUUCUCUAUGGCUGGCAAGCAUGAGCUGAAGAUCACAAAUGGCACGCCGGCACCUGGAGACUAUUCGCCGGAGAAGACACGACUGGAUCAUGCACCCGCUUACACAUUUGGUGGCAAAUACGACCCCAAGGUGGAGAAUCAUCAUCCAGCGCCGUGCGACUAUGCGCCCGAGAAAUUCCGGCUUGACCAUACACCCGCCUACACAAUUACAGGUCGCUCGACCAUUGAGCAUAUCAGCCACACCCCGGCGCCCUGCGACUACAGGCCGGAGAACUGUCAGCCGGAUGCGUCGCCGGCCUUCACCUUUGGCAUGAGGCUGAAUCGGGAGCAUGUCAGUGAUACACCAGCACCCACUGCAUACGAACCGGAAAAGCACACGCAAUACUCUCCGGCCUACACAUUCGGCACUAGAACUGAGAUCAAGGUCUCCAGCGAUGCACCCGCUCCCGGACACUAUCAUCCAGAGCAAUGCAAUCUGGAUAGCUCGCCGGCAUAUAGUUUCGGCCUCAAGACCUUACCAAUGCCGCCCAUACCAGAGCCAAGAGGCGCUUACAUUGAAGAUCGCAUAGUGCAAAGACGUGAAAGACGUUUGGCUAGUCCCGUACGCAACGCUGUCGACGGCACCAGCUCCUCCUCGACGACAACAACAACAACAACAACCACAACUGAGAAGCGUCUUGUAAAUGGCGUUCCAUUGCCCGAGCUGGGCAGUCAGCAGGAGCAGGCGACGAGAAGCAGCACCAGGCGCAGCACUAACACUCACACUGAGCUUGCACCCACAACAGCAACCACAAAAACAACAACAACAAAAGUAGUGAGCACCACUUUGGGCAACGAUCAGUCCAAGUUGAGCCACAGCACAGUGCACCACACGGCCCAGGUACAGGCACAGUCCAAGGCCGACAAUCUGCAGGUAAUUGCCGCCGGUCGGGCCGAGGCGAGCACCACCAAGGCGGCGCAGGCGAGCACGCGCCAGGUGGUGCAACCGGAUGGCGCGAUUGUGACCAGCGGCCAGGCGAUCAGGUCGAGUACCGUCAAGUACGCUGUGGAGGCGAGCAGCGUGCAGGAGAAGAUAAUCAGCUCCUAAUGUCUACAAGAUACCCACUGUCUUGGGCAGCAGCAAGGAGGGUCCCAUACGUUCAGCGCCCGCUUUUACCAUGACCGGACGCAUGCACCAGUCGCUGAUACCCGCACUGGUGCUGCCCGGUCCAGGGUAUUACGAU